AUGGUUCGAGUCACCGACGACAUUGUGCUCGCGCCGGAGCAGCUAGUCGCAUACCACGCCUCGGAUCCUCUCCUCGGUCACAUCCCCAUCGUCGUCCUCUACGGCGCCUCGACGACGGCCACCCACAACAGCUCGCGCGUCCAGAUCCACGUCUUCUCGCCCGCCGGCCUGCGCAGCUAUCCGCGCCUGACAAUCUCCCCCAACUCGCCCUUUUACAGCGUCGUCGCCCGCCUGCCGCGCGAGUUCCAGGGUGACGAUGUCUACCGCGCCCUCGCCUUUGGCCUCUUUCGCUACUUCUGCGAGCUACCCGACGUCGUCCGCGCCCAUCUCAAGAAUGCGUACCCUACCAGAUCCAGGCAGCUCGGCCGCGAUGUCCCGCUGUUUGACGACCAGCACGCCGCCAACGUCGUGGCGGACAUGGUCCCGAGCGAUAACACGGCCGGCGUCGUGUCGGCAAUUCAGGAUGCGCUUCAGCCGCAGCACGUGAGCAACCUCGACAUUGACCUUGUCCUGCCCCCGGGUUCCAUUGUGCCGCUCCAAGAAGAAGACCUCGAAGACGUGCCCGAAGACGAAGACGACAUUCUCGACCCGACGCUGCGACAGUAUGGCGGCUAUACUCCGCUGGUAAAGCUGUUUGGCGAGCCCGUGUUUAUUCCUACGAGUCGACUGCGCCGCGCGCCUUCCAAGCCGACCUCGAUAAACAAGAGCAAGACCUUUACCGUGGAGCAAAAGAUUGAGCUGCGCAUGAAGCUCGCGGAGCUUGUCGACACCGAGGAACGCUACGUCUUGAAGCUCAACGAGCUAGCCCACACUGUCGUCGACAAGUUUCGCGAUGGGGUCCAAAAGAGAGAGGGACAGAGCCUCACUGCUGCUGAAGUUGAACUCGCGCGGUUGUUUCCGACGUCGGCUGAUGAGAUUCUCAAACUCAACUCGGCAUUUUUGACGGAAUUGCAAAAUGUCAUGGACGAGACAGAAGAAGAGGCAUUGGUAGACAUGGAGGGCAAUAGUGCGCACCUUCUUAGCCCUCGCCAGGCCGGCAUGGCACGUCCCAAAGAUCCAAUCGGUGCUCUUGCCAUGGCAAGGGCCUUCCUUGAGUGGUUUCCGAAAUUCUCCGACUGCUACAGAGAUUAUAUCAAGGCCAGCCAGCAUUUCCCAACUUCAAUGGAUGGCUUCUUGGACCCCCAGGCGACACCCCAACGAGGUGAUCAAGCGACGAAAUCCGCAUUGAUUGAGCCCGUUCAGCGUCUACCUCGAUAUAGUUUGUUGAUUGACCAAAUAGUUGCUUCGCUACCAAUCACUCAUCCCGCACUACAGUCAAUGUUGAAAGCUCGAGACAUUAUUACGAAUAUAUGCUCAAUGGAUGCGAUUGAAACGACCAAGCCUCAGCUUGCCAGCCAGCUUCGGAAUAUUAUUCAGGCUUGGCCGGCAGAUCUUGAGCCCAAAGGUCGUCUUAUUGGAGCUGCUGAUUUUAUUGAGCUCUCUCCUCCAUUUGGAGUCUCUCUUACCGAAAGCGACAACGGAGGUAUUCUGCUACUGUUUGCGGAUUGCGUCGUCAUCCUGAAAAAGACUGGCCGCCUCACAGGCAGAGACUUGCUUAGAGAAAUUGGCAAACCGUCAGCUGCAGAAUUGCUCAUUUCUAUGACGAAUGCCGCCGGUGGCUCUGCAGCAUACGAGUUUGCCUUUACUGGCUGGCAUGACCUUGCCAGCGUGCGCUUCACCGAGUCUGCUAAUGGCAGCCUCGCGUGGAUGACGCCGACAAAGGAUAUCAAGGAUGCACACAGUGACGAGCACAGCACCAGUCCAACGCCAGCGGCAAGAUGCUUCCUGCUGCAAGAGUUGUAUGAAGGCAAGGCGUCACGGUGGGGAGAGGAUGUGACCAGAGCUAGAAUCGAAGGGCGCUUUUCAGAGUCCGAAAGGGAAGACCCGCGCUGGACACUUCGCUCCAUCCGCAUGCCUGAUAGCAACCUGGGGCUAUACGCGGCCGUUUUUCAAGAGGGCGCGGACCAACUUAUCGAAGGCCGUCGCGAGCCUGCUAUUGUGCGCAUCGUUGUCGAUCAUGAGAGGGGAACAAAGGGAGCGCCCGUCGGGCACUACGGUGUCGAAAUCGUCAUUACAGUCGCUGCCAACGACCUGAGGCGAAUAUCGAUGAUUACCGCCGGUCUCAACGGCAAGCAAUACCAAGACGAUAUUGUCCUCGAAGAUUUCAUUCCUACAAUGUCGCGAAGAAUAAUCCAACUACUCAAUAGUCAAUUCAACGUUGCGAAUAUGGAUCUCACAGCCGCCAUUGUCUCCUACAACAGCAACAUACUGCGUAGCUUGAGCUUCUCUGCACAGACGACCCCUGUACCCCGCGCGGAUAAGACACGAUCUUUUCUCUUGACUGCAUCGCCGGUGAAGCUACUAUCGACUCUGUGGAGCGGAACCACCAGCAGCAAUUCUGCCAACAGCAAUAGCAUCACAGCUCCAGAGCCGACAAUAUCAACUGCUACCGCUGCGCGCCAACCCUCGCUUCACCGCAGCAACAGCUCACACUCAAUAUUAGGAUCGAUUCGUGGUGAGCGUUCCUUCAUCGAGGACACGCCGCCAGAUAAUCCUAUAAUACGACUCGAGGAGACCUUUACAGCAUAUGUAGCCGCACUGCAGGAACGAAAAGGGGCGAUCAACGGUAGAACGAUGCUGAAUCGAUCUUCAGUGGAUGAAGUGCUUGUCAAUGAUGUCUACAACCGCCUCAUUGGAAAUCCCCAUGACUGGGAUUUGCCACACGACGUGAGCACAGAAGUCAUUUUUGUUGCUUUUGAAAACUUCUUGCGCAUAGCAUGGUCCGAGCAAAUGGGCGCAGUCAUUUCCAAGCAGUCCAUGGACACGCUACAGGAUCGUGCUAACCGCAGGGCACUCGGCGACUUUGCAGACUUUGUCCGCUUCUUGUUCUCUGACAUGGCGCCCCAGAAUCGUCGCGCGUUUGCUUCCCUCAUAAAGCUAUUAGCGGACCUUUUGGACGGCUGCCAUGAUGACGGUGACCGGGGCGCCUUGACGAUUGCCUUUGCCGAACUUCUCGUCAUGGAUGGAACUGCGUCUCACUAUAUCAACCUUUUGGACCGGCUUGUGGAAGAAUGCGAUCGAAUCUUUGGUAGCUCAAGCCCGAACCAAAGCUUUUCGUAUGAGGCCUCUACAAUAGGGUCAAUCCGCUCAGCCACACUGCGCAAAGAAGUAUCAAUGACAGGAUCUCUGGCGUCGAAUACUUCAUCAAUGCGCAAAAAGUUUGGACUGGACAUGCUGAUGCGACAAAACAGUGACAGAUCGGAACGGCCAUCUGUUUGGAGAAGUUUGAGCAAGCAUCGCAACCCGGCAACCGGCGAGCCGUCCAGCUUCUCCCGACGAUCCAUGAAGCAAGGAUUGAUGGGCGAUGAUAGUUCCUUGCCCAGGCUUCUACAGCGAGGAAAUAGUGCACGGGAGCGGCCAACCGUUGCUGGUGCAUUCGAUACUCCGAGCAGACCGACGAGUUCACACAGAGCAGAGUAUCCAUUGAGCACCAUUGGUGAGCCUAGAAAUGAAGGCUCAUCGCUGUCAAGGUUCAAGCACAAACGUCGAAGCUCUCUGUCUGAUUUGAAGAGCUUGCUGGAGGCUACAACACUCGAAGACGAGGAAGAGACAGUUCAACCCUUGCAGCUUUCAAAACAGACUUCAGGCAAAGUCAAUACCACAGCUGGACAAGCACUGCAACGAGACAUUAGCGGUGGCUCGCAGCAGAAGGAAAACAUGGAAAGCACCGAAAGUCUGACGACUUUAGAUGGCGCCAGUGUGCCUAGCAAGGUGCCGUCACGUUCCAGGCCCUUUGUCAGACAUGCUAAGGCGCUCUCCGUAACAAACAUUCCCAUGCUCAGACCGACUCAGCUUGGCUCGUCUACAGCAGCUUCUGGUUACAAGCAUGUUGGUGGACUUACCCGAUCGCCGGGACGACUGAGGCUGCAAUCGCCGCAACGGCUUCGAGAUCGGGUGAAAACCGGCAAGACCGCCGUGGUCGAAGCCGGCGCUGCACUACAAGCCGAGAUGCAAAAGGCCAUGGAUCAUGCUACCCACCACGGCGACGCCUCUGCCAGCAAGAAACCGUCCGACGCGCCGGCGUUGCAAGCCUUGAGUGACAAGCUGAGCAAGACGAUUCAAGAUUUGCAAGACAAGUACGCGUCUUUGCAAGAGGAAACGGAGACGACUCUAAAAGCUACGGAAAGCAAGAUGCGCUCCAUUGACCAGCUGCACAAGGAGGUCUCGGCGGAGAAUGAGCUGAUUUAUGAAAAAUUCAACGACGAGCUCGGCAAGAUUGUCAGGGCGCUCCGGAGUAAGGGCAAGGAGGACAAGGAAGAGCUCCUGACUAAGCUCAAGGAGCAUUCGGAAGAGGCGGCCAAGCUGAGAAGGGAGAAUGGCCGGCUCAAGAGGGAGAAUAUUAGCCUCCGCGCAUCGUUGAAGCAGCGUGAUUGA